UAGCGCCACGAACCUGGCCACCCGAGUUCGAUUCCCGCUCACAGGCCCACACCAGUGACGAUUAUCUGAACCGAUCUCAUGGGCCUCCCAAUACCAACACGACCGUCAUUCGCCACCGAGUGACGGUGACGUCACCGUUAUUCGCCACCGAGUGACGGUGACGUCACCACGCCGCCAGUGCCAUGCCAGGUGGACUUGAAGCCACCGACUCGGCCUCAAACGAGCACCUGGCGCGCGGUGUGUGAACAUCCUAGGGGGGGGGGACAAAGACGGCCGGGCGUGGUGUUGGCCACCCACCCCCCUCGCGUGCCGUGCCGGCAUCCACAGGCGCUGCUCUCUGUUACAGGCGACACGACGGGGCGGCGGCGGCGGGGAGGGCAUCUUUGUUUUUUCGCUAUGCAAAUGUUGCGUGACGUCAGCACGCGAUGACGUGGCGCCGCGGGGCUUGUUUACGCCAUGUUCUUUUGCCGUGCCCCGACUCACGAGAAGCAGCAGCGGCAGCAGUGGCAGCAGCAGCAGGAGGUGGUGGAGGUGGAGGAGGCGGCGCCGCCUCGCGACCCCAGCAACGACGACACUCGACCGUUGUGUCACAACGACGACAACAGCAGCAGCGGCAGCCGCAGCCGCUAGUCAAUGCCAUUGACCCCCCCGCGGCUGGAGUAACGAGGGUGCCGGCGGGGCACGCAGGCGCUUAACUCGCAGCCCGCCGGAGCGUGAAGUGUCGCCGCUGCGGUUUUGAUGUGCGUGGCGUGGUGCUCGAGGCCGGCAGUGCACACCGGUGAGGAGGCGUUUAUCGUCGUCCCAACGCCGCCGCCGCGAGCCGGAACACGAUCCGGUGCCCUUGUGCCGAGCGUGUCACCGCGACUGGUGCCGGUCGCCCGGGACACCGGCCCAUGCUCCCGGGCGGCGCAUGGCGGCGUAGAGCGCGAUGUGCCGGGGGGGGGCGGCGCUGGGGGCCAUGGAGGGCACGGGGAGCACGCGCAGGGAAGUGCUGCUGGAGCCCUUCGUGCACCAGGUGGGCGGCCACUCAAGCAUGAUGAAGUUUGACGACGACACCAUCUGCAAGCCGCUGAUCGCGCGCGAGCAACGCUUCUACGAGUCGCUGCCGCAGGAGAUGAAGGAGUUCACGCCGCUAUACAAAGGCGUGGUGUCGGUGCACUUUGAGGAGGACAGUGACGGCUACUUCACGCUCGUCGCGCACCUUUGCUCCGAGUCGGAGCCCACGGGCGAGGCCGACGCCGGCGCCACCAGCGAGCAGCCGCGCCGCAAGCACUCGCGCCGCAGCCUGCGGCGCUCGACCAGCGGCGGCGAGCACGGCUCCGACAGGGCCUCGUCGGCGCCCGACGGCAGCGACACGAGCGAAUGCUCCGUGUUCACCACUAGCGGAAUGCAAGACCUCAAGAGCCCAAAGGUUGAGCUGCACAUCCAGUCGGAGGCUCCCUUCCAAAUGCUUGAUGGAGGGUGCAGCUCCUCUUCCGAGAAGAUCAGCUUCAACCCGUGGAGCCUGCGCUGUCACAAGAAGCAGCUGAACCGCAUGCGCUCCGAGUCCAAGGACCGCAAGAUGUUCAAGUUCCUGCUGCUGGAGAACGUCGUGUCCCAGUUCAAGCUGCCCUGCAUCCUGGACCUCAAGAUGGGCACGCGGCAGCACGGCGACGACGCGUCCGAGGAGAAGGCGGCUCGGCAGACACGCAAGUGCCAGCAGAGCACGUCCGCCCAGCUGGGCGUGCGCGUGUGUGGCAUGCAGGUGUACCACACAGACACGGGGCACUUUCUGUGCCGGAACAAGUACUACGGACGGGGGCUGUCCGAGGAGGGCUUCCGCGAAACCCUCUUCCAGUUCCUGUUCAACGGGCGCCACCUCCGUUGCGACCUCCUUGAUCCCAUAAUCGCGAAGCUGCACACGCUCAAGGCCGUGCUGGAGCGGCAGGUGUCCUACCGCUUCUACUCCAGCUCGCUGCUCAUCAUCUACGACGGAAAGGAGCGCAAGGUCGAGUUGCGGCGCCAGCUUUUGGAAGCGACAGGGCAGGGGAACCAGCGGGACGUCGCUGUCGCGACCACCACCGCGGGCGGAGGCGGCGGUGCCGGCGGGAACGGAGGCGGCCUCAACACCAAGGUGGACGUUCGCAUGAUCGACUUUGCGCACUCCACCUUCAAGGGUUUUCGCGACGACCAGACCAUCCACGACGGGCACGACCGCGGCUACGUGUUUGGCCUGGAGAGCCUGCUCAAGAUCCUGACGGAGAUCAGGGAUGAGAACGCCUGAUGGGCCGAGCACCUCGACCCCCCCCCCCCCCGUCCACUGGGGCGGGGGACAGCGCUUCGUCUGUCGUCUUGGCAGAGCCAACGGCAGUCGUCUUGAGCACGCGAAGCAAUUGUACGUUUUGUCAGUCUGCACCACGGCCCUGUCUGCUGAACGCUGUCUUUGUCAAGCCGGCGGGCGCACAGUAGUUGUGUAAUCGUCAUCCUCGACCCUGAGUGUGUAUUUGCACGUUGAGCACUUGUGCGAUGGCAGCGUAAGGACUCCCGUGGGGGAUAAUUAUUUUCUUUCCGCAAGAUGUCUUCAGUUGAAAUUUGAGCACGUUGAGUUUGUCAUUGGGUAUCAACAGGGUUUCAAUAGCUACAGACAGGUGACUAAAAAAGACAAAAAUGAAACAAAUAAAAUGUUAAAAUAUUUAAAAUAUUCCAUCUAUUCACGUCAUGAAAACAUUUCUUUGGUUUGCUGUUUGUAAUGCCUGGAUUUUUAUUGUGAUGCCCACAUCUUUGAUUUUAUGACGUGCCCAGACACUUGAAAUGCUGGCAUUUAUGGAUUCCAAGUUGACAAUUUUUUCACUUUGUCUCACUGAAGCAAAUGUGUUUCAGGAAACUUUCACUCAGGACCUCCGAUUAGCACGGUUGGCUACGUACGGUGCGAAAGAAGUUCAACAUACAUAUAUAGCUGAAUGCGUGUGAAAGUAUUUUUGACAUGUUUGAAAGGCCAGAAACAAUGUGUGUUAGGAGGCUGUAACAAUCCUUGCAGGCCAGGAAGCAGGGGACUUCAUCACCAACUUUAUUACCCAAUUAAUUGUGUAAUAGAAAUUGGCAGAAUUACAAUACUAACUUUGUUUGGUUUGGAUAUUCACUUGGUCAUUUGCCAAUGUGGUUUGAUACAUACAAACAAGUGGAAUAUCCUUGGGUAUAUGCUGCAAGAAUGCUGGAUAGGUACGAACUACUAUUUUGGAGACAGGAACUAAUCACUAGCCAUGCAUUUUAAUACAACAUUUUGCUAAAGAUGAUUUGCCUGCAUACCAAUAUAAAAUGGCAAGUACACGGGUAUUAUAAGGACUGAUGGAGCUUUCUGGAAUUGACUGGAAUCGUUACCAAGAUAACUUACAUCAUCAAAAGCCCCAAUGGGUUUUGUGAAAAUAAUUAGGCGGCAAAAUAUAACGACAUAAUAACUAUAACAUUGGCACAGCAAAGUGUUAAUAGUGUAAAAUUGGUCGGUCUGCAAUAAAAAUACCUUUAAAUUGCCAAAUGUUUUCAAAAUUAUUGCGUACUUAGACAUUAAAUAUCAUUUAAUAACAAGCAUUUUUAAAUCAAGUAAUUCACAGGACCUUGUAUUGAACUGUGUACAUGUUUGUGUAAUUUUCAAGAAAGUAUGAACCAUCCCAAAAUGUCCUGAAGACAAGGCUAAGUAUAAACAAAAUUCAUGCAUUUGUGAUCUGUGAAGAUAUACACAUUCAAUGUUGUGAGAAUUGUGAACCGUACAAAAUGGAAAUUACAACACGGUCCUAAUUGGAUACAAUAGGGCAAAGUAUUGCUAUGCACCUAUUGAUCUGUGCUUUGUUCUCACAAAGGUCAGCGCUGCAGUGUUACUUGUGGUUCGUGCUGUCCCCCUGCCCUUUGCAUGUCGGGAUUCUCGUGGACCCACUCGUUUUUAUGAUCUGCCUGUUCUUGGUAAUUUUGUUAUCCUAAAAUUAUAUUAGCAUUAGAUUUGCAUAAAUAUCAAUCUUGGUUUUACAUUCAUUAUUGAAAUCAUAUUAGUGCAACAUGUUUUUAAUUAUUUUUAUGUCUAGUCUGCACAACUUUGGCUGAAAUACUACACGAUAUUUGGGAAUACAGGCAACAGGAUUUUUCUGUAGUUCUUGACCAGCUUUUUCCCAUUGAAGGAUAUAAAUGUGUGGAUUUUUAAGGACAUUCUCUGAUCUCUUUUGAAUUUCUGGAUCCUGUACCUUGUUUUGUAUUUGUAUCUUCACAGCCACACAAAGUUAUUUCACUCAACGCUGGUGGCAGUUGGCAGAAGUGACACCUUGGUGUCAUCACUUUACGUUUUGGAAUCAUAAUAAAAACUCGAUCACCUGAAAUUUUCUAUCUAUGCCCCUAAAAAUCUAGGGUUUUUCCAUCUUCUAAAAUUAUAAGCACAUCCCCAUUAUGCAUAUCCAUAAUAACUACCAUGGACAACACUCGCAAAUUUUUUUUUUUCCAUGUGAGUACCUUUCCACUUGGCAUAAAAACAAUAUUUGUUGCAUUUCCCCAAAUAUUUGCAGCACCGAUGGGAAUGACCUUCGAAUUCGCGGUUGUGUUAUCUGUCAAGCAAUUAAAAGUAAUACACUUUAAAUUAACUGAAGAGUUUCAGUAACCUUUACCCAAAAGAUUAUUUCUAUUUGAAGGCAUGUCGUCUUUUGUUACUGCCAAAUGUUUAUUCAGCUGCAAAAAUGGCAGUGUUAGCCCUGGCCAAUUUCAUUAAAUACAUCUUAUAAACUAUUAUUUUGGUCUUUCGGUAAAGCCACGUAGAUAGAAAAAAAUAU